UUCAAUAAUCAAUUCCUUUAAAUUUUUAUUAUUUAUUUUUAAUAGAAUGUAACACAAUUUUAUAAUUUCAAUAUGAUGUCAUACAUCAUAUAAAAAAAUACUAAACAAUUUCACAACUAACAAUAAUUUAAAACGUAAACAAAAUAAACCAGUCCUUUAGCCGAUCAAGCUUAUCAAAAAUAUUUUGAUACACUGAUAAUGUUACCAAUGAAUCAAAUGAAGUAAUAAGUAUGUACUUCUUCAUUUAUUAGUGGGGAAGAUUGCGUAGAUACGAAACACACGAGAAUUGAAAGUGCGUGGUUAAACGUAUUAACAUUUUAUUACCGGCGAAUAAGUUAAUUCAACAUUAUGUUACACUGGGUUCAGCAUCGAUGGACCAGCCUUUGGUUGCUUAUAUCGGCAUUGGCAGCCUUAUGUCUAUUUCUAUAUGGUUUUUUCCCUUUGAAAUAUCAUUCUGGCAAACUAGCCUCGAUGGACGAUCUACCAAAUGUUAUUAAUGGAGUUAGUAUUGAUGGUCAAGAAGUAUACAAUUCUGGUGAAAAUAGUGUAAUUCUGAUGGUGAUAGAUGGCUUGAGAUAUGACUUUGCCACAGAGGAGUAUAUGCCAUUCACUGGCCAGCUGAUAAAAAAUAAAUCAGCAUGUCUUUAUGUGUCCGUCGCAGAACCACCUACAGUUACCAUGCCUCGGAUAAAGUCACCAGACAGAAAGAAGGAAAAGGCACAGUGGAGGCGCACAAUAAACUUCUGGAGGGAUAUCUUUGCAAUGAUGACUGGAAGCGUUUCGACGUUUGCGGACGUAGCGUUAAACUUCGGCGCUCCCGCCGUGGUCGGUGACAGUGUGUUGCGAGUAGCGGCGGCGAAGGGCCGUCGCACCGUCAUGUACGGAGACGACACGUGGCUCAGACUCUUUCCUGGAUUGUGGACGGAGUCUGAUGGCACCACAUCGUUUUUUGUCACAGAUUAUACAGAAGUAGAUAAAAACGUAACGCGCCAUCUUGAUAGAAUUCUAACACCAGAUGAAAAAAAGAAACCUCCGUUUGAUCUGCUCGUCCUCCACUACUUGGGGCUCGAUCACAUCGGACACUUAGAAGGAGCCAGGAGUCCGAAAAUUAAACCUAAACUUUUGGAAAUGGACGACGUAGUCAAGAAAAUAUACAAAGCUAUGCAAACAUGGGAGCGCAAAGGCGUGCUGCUGCUGUGCGGCGACCACGGCAUGCGCGACGCGGGCGGACACGGCGGCGCCUCGCCCGCCGAGCUGCUCGUGCCGCUCGUCGUGCUCACGAGCGACGGCUUCCGCUGCCCGCACGAGGCGGGCGCGGGCGGCACGGUGGCGCAGACGGACGUGGCGCCGUCGCUGGCGUGGCUGCUGGGCGCGCCGCCGCCGGGCGACAGCGCGGGCCGCGUGCUGGCGGCGCUGCUGCCGCGCGACCCGCGCCAGCACCUCUACCUGCUGCACGUGCUGGCCGAGCGGAACGCGCGCCUCGUGCCCUCCACCGACAAGGAAUUUUACAAACAAUUCGAACGCGCUAAAGUACAAUUCGCCCAUUUCUUGGCCACGGGACAGCAGAGCGCCGCCAAGAUCGCAAAGGAAUUUUACGAAGAAUCCUUGGAGGAAAUGUCCAAGUACCUAACGGAGACGACAACCGACUUCGAUAUGUUUGCUCUCAUCAGCGCUACGUGUAUUUUGUAUCUUCUAGCCGGGGCCCUUCUCUGCAUCACACUCUACUCUCUCCAAUCGGAGGCGCGAAGAAAAAUAAGCUUUCCAAAACUACAUCGAUCCAAGGCCAGUUCAUUGAUCGCAUUCGUCGUUGUGCUAGUCAUUUCCGCAUUUACGCUGAUUACAGCUUGUUUUAUAACGGAAACGAAGAGCCAGUUCUGUUCGUUCAGCCCCCUUUGGAGUAUAGCCUUCAUAGCAGCGGCCGUGACGAUAACAGUGGCGUACUUCAUUAUCAAGACGACCAUAGAAAACACGAAGGAUCUUUCCAUAUUGAGAGAUCUGAACGCGAUCGACUAUUUACUGAUCAUAGGCACGCUGUUCCAUUCUUGGUCGUUCUUCGGCACGAGUUUCAUAGAAGAAGAACACAUGACGUGGUAUUUCUUCUGGAAUACGCUCAUGUUCUUCAUCCUGGUCCGGACGAUCGUUGUCGUGGUGAUGUAUUUCGCGAAACGAUGGUCGGGAGCUACGGAAUUUCAAGAGAAACCGCAUCUUGAGAACCGGAUGAGCUCGGUCGGUGUCAGCAUCGUGCCACAGUGGGUCUUGCUGAUCGCUCUGCAUAGGUAUUUAAGGACAAUGAAUCAAACCGGGGAUCGUUGGUUGUUUCUCCCAGAUACGGCGGACUGGUUGAAUUCACCAGAAAACUCUUUCUAUCUAGAAGCACAUCUUGUUAUAGGGAGUCUUCUAACUCUGGCGAUAUGUCUUUGGAACAUUCGCUUCAUGAAUAAUUAUAUGCAAAUACACUCGGCGCUAACCGUCCUGGCAACGGCGUGCACACUCUGCCAUCGGAUCGCUACCAACGCCUUAGUUACGCCCUUCCCUAUCAUAAAGACUUGGGAUCCCGUAUUAAUAGUUAACAUAUUUUGGGGUCUACUCAUAAGCCAAGUUAUAUUCGAACUCCUCACUUACAUUGGCCUCUUUAAAACUUGCGGCUUCCCACUGAAGGGUGAUAAUAAGUUCGCAUAUAACAAGCCCAAAGCGAAGAACGAAGAUUACUUCUACGAUCAAAUGGAAGAGCCUUGGAAUAUAGACGAGGUGAAGCUGAACCUCGCUCGAUCGAUCACUCACAUCAUGUACAAUGAUUUGAUGUUGAUAAUAAUUCUUUUGAUGAAGCCGCAUAAUGUUAUAAUGGUCCCGAGCAUUUAUUUCACCUGCAAGUUGACGUCCAAGUGUUUGGACCACAAACUGUUGGACGCUAGGAUGAGGAAGGGUACAGAAAUUCUAGACGUAUUGAGCAAGUCCCUCGUCCAUCUUUGGAUUGGAUUCCUGUUUUACUUUUAUCAGGGCAACUCGAACAGCCUGGCGUCCGUGGAGCUGGGCGCGGGCUACGUGGGGCUGCGCGAGUACAGCGCGGCGCGCGUGGCGGCGCGCGUGGGGCUGCACGCCUACGCCGCGCCCGCGCUGGCCGGCGCGCAGCUGUUCUGCGCCGCCGCCGCGCGCGCGCACCACUGGAAGGGGUAUCUGGAAUCGGUGUGGAGGGUGAUAAACAUAUUCGCCCUGCAGAGGGUGUACCAGCUCGUAAUAUAUUGUCUUAUAGCGAUUCUGUUCAGACAUCAUCUAUUCGUGUGGACAGUUUUUUCACCCAAGUUGCUAUAUGACUUUGUGGCGACGGUGUUUUCGGUGCAAGCUUUGUCGACGAUAUGCGUGAUCGUGCUGUUGACGCAUGCGUCGAGUUGGAUGGCUAAAAAGUUAACGUACAAAUCGACGCUGUGAAGUAAAUUUUAGACAACAUGUACAUUAUUAUAGUACAAUAAUUCUAUUUAAAAAAUAUUAGAAUCUUAAAUGUACAUAUAUACUAUUCUUUACGAGGCACGGGAACGGCGAAGAGUCUAGAAUAAAAUCGAAUUAAAAAAUCGAUUGAAUAUCUAAUCAAGAUUAUUUAUAGUAAAUAAAAAAUUGAUGUGUAUUUAUAAAAAAAAAAAUCAAUCGAUAUUGCGAUUGCAUAAUUUAUUCACCAUAGCAAUGUUUCGACUUGAUGCCACUCCUUUGAUUUGUUAUUUGCGCAUCUGUAGUAUUUUUUACAUUUGUAAUAAUACUAUUAUACUUCAAAUGUGUUAUUAUGACAAACAGAUAUAGUUCAAAUGUAUUUUUAUGAAUUAUUUAUAAAGUUUUAUUAUAUUGUAUAUACCUUCUCCUCAAAAAGAAACAUAUUUAGCCCAAACAGUGGGACAUUUAGAGGUUGUUACUUUAGUUUUAUCAUAAUUACAUGUAUGACAAUUAUAUAAUAAUAUGUACUAAUCAUAAUUUUUUUUUUCAAUUGUAAAUAUUUUGAAAUGUUUAAAAUAUGCAAAUGAAAACUUUCAUACUGUUCUUCUAUAAUUUCAUUAACUUCAAAAUCAUCCAAUGUAAUUAAAUAUAUUUUGUAAAAAAGAUUAUAUACCUACAAAUCACUAACGUUUGAAUUAAGCCACAUUCCUUUUUAAAUAUCAUGCUAUGUGUACAGAACUUGUGGAUCCUUACAAAAGUCGAGGAUUCUAAUGCCAGCAAACGCCACUCAGUUUUAAAUAUACUUUUGUAUAUUACUGUUAAACUUUCUUAUAUAACAUUUAUAUUAUGUUGUUAGAAUCAAAGUUAUGCUAAAAUUAAAUGAAGAGAUUUAUUUAUAAAUGCGAGCAUUGAGUUUAUUUGAACCCGUUAUAAUAAAAUACGAAUUUAUGUAUGCAUGUAAGAUGGAUUAAUUAAGUUUCAAAGCGCCCAAAGAAGUUUUAUUUGAGUUUAUACUUCCACCAGCAAUUUAUUCAUCAAUAACUUGACAUCAUCACUUAUAUGCUUUUUUAGUUCAAUUUAAGGUAAACAAAGUUAAAUUAAUUAAUUUUUACGAUUUAAGAAUAGAUUAAUACCUAAGCUGCAAAGUGUUGUGUGAUGCAAUAACUACCUAUAUAUAUAACAUAACAAAACAAAUUUGAACAAUUAUCUAACCAAAAGUAAAUCAUAAGUCAAUGUUAACAUCUUAAUUUUUUUUUCUUUUAUAAUCUUGCACUUAUUUGUUUCCGAUAUUUUAUUUAUUAAUCAUUCUGAAAACGAAUCGAGUAGUGUCUCGGAACAUGUAGUUACCAAAUUUUAGGGAGGAACCAUUUAAGUAAUUACUUCGCCAUUGUGAAAAUUAAACUGGCUGAUCAAUGUCUCACCUCUUCGACAUUUUCCAUAUUUACUUCUUGGCAAUUAUAGAACAAUGAUGUUGAUAAAUAUGAUGAUGUAUAAAUAUACCACUUCCACGAAACUGACUUAUAACUCAAAAAAAAUUGAAAUUUAAGUUACUACUAUCAUGCUUUUUUCGAAAUAUUUCGAUUUUUGUAUUUUUUAUUAAAAAGAAUUUGUUAUACUGCGUGUACAAUAUUUUAAAACGUUUCACCAUUCCAAUUGUUAUAUAUAUAAAAGCUGAAUAAUUGUACUGAUGUGAAGAAUAUAAUAAAACUAAGUUAUUUUCAAUGCUUUUUAUUUCUUGUUACAUAAUAAUGGUACCACCAUUGACCUACAAAACCAAUAUAUAAGGAUAUAACAUAAAUUUUAACAUCUAUAUCUAAUUUGAAAAAGAA